CGGCAGCGGCCUCUUCUUCCCCGGCGGCCAGGGAGGCUUCCCGAGCAGCUAUGGAGUGUCGAGAUAAAUCCGCAGCCCCAGCCCGGAAGCUCAUACAAGCUCGACUGCCUUUCAAACGUUUGAAUCCCAUACCAAAGGAAACGCUUGACACAAACUCAGGAGUCAAAAAAGCUAGGAACUCUCAAAACGUCCUCGAUCAAAACACGCCGUGCCCCGAUUUGUCGGAUCCGUUACCGGACAACGCGGAGAACAGCUGCCAGCUGGAAACGGAAACGCCGUGUGUUCCAAAACUGGUGAACGGCAAGGGUCCGUUAGAUAACUUUGUGCAGAAAAGUCCAAAAAAUAACACGAGUCAGCCUUUGUGCGUGAUAGGUUUGACAGGGGAUUCUUACCACAGACUAAGCGAUAACAUAGACCAUGACAAAUCGAACAACGUCGCCGCGUCUGUGGAGAAAGCGCAUAAGGAGGUAGGAAGCCAGUCUGGUUUGCAAAAGUCCGAGUGUAACGCCCAGGCGGAUGCCCCGAUGGAAACGUGUCCAGCCGCAGCAGAGAGGGGUGAAUUACCGAGUACGGGGUCAGCUGAGAUGGAAACCAAUAGCCCCAAAGAGAGCAAACUCCAGAAUGUCAUAUUUGAAAGGAAAAUGCCUGUCGUCGUCCUGGAGGACAUCAUGGUGGCCAGAUCACCCCAACCCACACCCCUGGAAAGGAGCCUGCCUUCUGGAAACGAGACAUUUGAGUCUUGUCCUGAAGAGGACACGGCGUGUACAAAUUCCUCCUUAAGCUCCCUCUCCCUCGCCAGCUCACCGGAGUCUCUGCCCGCCCAGGAGCGUCACGACGCUGUUAGCCCAGUCUGUGCUUCGACCCCGGUUCGAAAGGUAUCUCAGAAAACCCACCAGAACUCUGAGGAGAAGGAGAAACAGAGGCUGCAGAGGAAACAAGAACGUGCCGACAAACUUCAGAAGCAGCAGGCCGAACGGGAGGAGAAGGAGAGGCUGAAGGCCGCGAAGGAACGCGCCCGGGAGGAGGCGAGGAGGAAGAAAAAAGAGGAGAAGGGGCUGAAGGAGAAGGAGAAGAGGGAGAAGAAGGAGAAAGAAGAGAAAGAGAAGGCCGAGAAGCUGCGAGUGAAGGAAGAGAAACGGAAGGAGAGGCAGGAAGCCCUGGAGGCAAAACUAGAAGAGAAAAAGAAGAAAGAAGAAGAGAAACGAUUGAAAGAGGAAGAGAAGCGCAUCAAAGCAGAGAAGGCAGAAAUCACCAGGUUCUUCCAAAAGCCAAAGUCCCAGCCUGCUCCGAAGAUUCUUGCCGGCUGGUGUGGGAAAUUUGCUCCCUUUGAAAUCAAGGAGAACAUGGUCCUUUCGCCUCUCUGCCGCGUCCCUGUCGAUCAGGAACUCUUAGAACAACUUGACUGGCUACUGCAAGCUCAGGACUACGGCGCGUCUCUCCUGGAAGAACUGAAGAGCCAAGAGGCCCGUAAAUCUGGGCCCACCCUCGAUUACGGCACCGGGGAGGAUGAUAUCAACAGCGACGUGGUCAUCGUGGGCAGCAGCCAAGCAGGAGACGUGCCAGAAAGGAAGAAGUUUGGCAGGAUGAAACUCCUGCAGUUCUGCGAGAACCACCGGCCUGCCUACUGGGGCACGUGGAACAAGAAAUCCGCUGCGAUAAGUCCCAGGAACCCUUGGUCGAAAGACGAGAAACUCUUGGACUACGAAGUCGAGAGCGACGAGGAGUGGGAAGAGGAGGAACCGGGGGAGUCCCUCUCUCACAGCGAAGGGGAUGACGAUGAAGACGGGGGAGAGGAGGAAGAUGACGACGACGGCUUUUUCGUGCCCCAUGGGUACCUCUCAGAGGACGAAGGCGUGACUGAAGAGUGCAACCCCGAGAACCAGAAAGCGCGUCAAAAGCUGAAAGCGAAGGAAUGGGACGAGUUGCUCAGCAAGGGGACGAGGCUGCACACCCUGCAGCCCGUGAAGGUCGGCUGCGUCUGGGAAAGCAAGGAGGCGGCGGGUGACGGCCCCGGCCCGGAGCUGAGGCUCCUGCAGCAGUUCACAGCUUCCCUUUUGGACGCGAGUACGGCCGAGGAAGAGCAGCUAGAGAGAAGCAACAAGAAGAAAACGAAGGACCAGCAAGUCCUGGGGCAGCUGCUCCCCCUGCUUCACGGCAACGUGAACGGCAGCAAAGCCAUCAUCCAAGAGUUCCAGGAGUGCUGUCGGAUGGGGCUGCUUCCGAGCAACGACGGCUCCGUCCCCGCCGCCGCGGACAGCCGGGACGCCAGCCCCAGCGCCUCCCGGGCCCAGACCCCUGUGCACGCAGGGAGCGCCAUCCCUUCCAAAGCCAGGCUGAAGCGGAUCAUCUCCGAGAACUCUGUGUACGAGAAGAGGCCCGAGAACCGGAUGUGCUGGUACGUGCACCCUGAGGUGCUGAGGAGCUAUGGUCAGGAGAACCUGCCUGUCCCUUGCCAGUGGAGUUACGUCACGCAGGUUCUUUCGGCGGCCAAGGACGACAGCGGCAACUCUCCGGCGGCGGCGACGCAGACCGCUCCCGCCUCUGCGAAAUGGAAGUCAGCGGGGAGCAUGUCGAUCACCAAGUUCAUGAGGAGACCUCCGGGGGCCGGGCAGGCCGAAACCACAGAGAUGGAUGGAUUUCAGGCCGACACGGAGGAAGAGGACGAUGACGACUGUAUACUCAUGGACACGCAGCAAAACAAAGCACCUGCGUCGGGGACCCCCGAAAUCGCUUCAAAGACGGAGCAAGCCGCCGACGCCUCUGACCCCAUUUGAUAUACCUAGCCCCCUCCCCUCCUUUUACUUCUCUGUAUGUAUGUAGAAUUGUUUUAGCAUCUUGUAAAACAUUGGCGUGUACCUUUUGUGGUUUUUGUAUAAGAUACUUGAACAUAACUCUGUGUUCCUUGUAAAGAGAAGACAGCACUUUGUUCCGCUUCGGAUCGCCGGAAGCUCAAGUCAUUUAUUUUUAGUGGGGUGGGUGGGUGGGUGGGGAGGUAGCUGAGGAAAAUAUACAACCUGUAAUCUCUCUAAUAAAAGCAUUAU